AGAAAAGGCGGCGGAGGAAGCAGCAGCGGCAGCAGCAAAAGCAGGAGCUGGGAUUCAACAGGCGCGCGCGCAGCUUGAGCCAGCCAUGCUCCUCUCCGCUCUUCAGCUCUCUGGCAUUCUGCUCGCCUGCCUGCUCCUGAAGGGCUGCUGGGCUUUCAAGAACGAUGCCACCGAGAUCCUUUAUUCCCACGUGGUGAAACCCAUUCCGGCCAGCUCCAGCAACAACAGCACCUUGAACCAAGCGAGAAAUGGAGGCAGACACCCGGGAUUCGACCGGACCAGUCGCGUUCAAGUUGGAUGCCGGGAACUGAGAUCCACCAAAUACAUUUCUGACGGCCAAUGUACCAGCAUAAACCCUCUGAAAGAGCUGGUGUGCGCUGGGGAGUGUCUCCCUUUGCCGGUGUUGCCUAACUGGAUCGGAGGAGGCUAUGGUUCCAAGUACUGGAGCAGAAGGAGCUCACAGGAGUGGCGAUGUGUCAAUGACAAGACCCGCACCCAAAGGAUUCAGCUUCAGUGUCAAGAUGGAAGUACAAGAACCUACAAAGUAACUGUCGUUACGGCUUGCAAGUGCAAGAGAUACACCAGGCAACACAACGAAUCCAGCCAUAACUUUGAAGGAGCAUCUCAAACAAAGCCCACACAGCAUCAUAAAGAGAGGAAAAGGAACAGCAAAUCCAUGAAGCAUCCCCCAAGUUAGAACUCAGCCAUGCAUCUUAAAAUUUGAACUUAUCAAUGAAUUGCCUGCUUUUACAGAUAUCACUGCCUAACGAAAACUCUAUCAUGCCAUUGUUUGCUUCACAGCUGGGUGUACAUAUACUUGUGGCUUUGACCAAACUCAAAAGGGCAUUCUGUGCAUAAGGACCUUUUUCUUUUUGUGGGGGGGAGGGGGUGAGCAUCUAUAUUUUCAAGAUGGGAUCCAGACCUGCAGCUCACUGAACUUCUUUUUUACUGGAACAAAGAGCUGUUGACAUGGACAUGCAAUAUUUUAUAUUGUAGAGAGCUGCUGUUGUGUUCUUAUGGGCACAUGUUCUCAAGUAUUUAAUCCAUGUCUCACACCUCUCAUUUAAAAGGAAAGGAAUGAUUUGGAUUUCACACCAGUUGGGGGGGGGAAGCAUUGUGUGUGCUGAUCAUUUUCUUCCAAACAUUUGUAUCCAUAGAUUUGUAAACAAAAGCAAAAUACGCAUGACAGCAGCUUCAAAAGUAAAUUUGAACAAAAGCUAUUUAUUAAUGUAAUUAUUUAAUGAGCUUUGAUGUGUUUUAUAUUUUUUAAGAUGCCUGUUUUACGUCUUAUCACUCCCCUCCCCACAUGCAUCAAAGUGUUUUCCUAUGAUUUUUGGUCAGAGUAGAAUAUACAUUUUGUAGAUAAUGUAAAAUAGAUAUUUUAACCUUUGUAGUUUCUCAUUUUGGUUUUCAACUCAAGGAAGCUGAAACGUGGGAAAUGUUGUGUAAAUAGACUGUAAAAUGCAUUUGUAUUUUUUUAUGUGUGCGGUUAAAAAAAAGUAGAUCUUACUUCAUAUCAGUUUCAUCCAUUUUUAAUAAAAACAUACCAACAACAUUGUUAUUGUCCUUGGUUUAAUAGCACAUAAAAGA